CUAGUAGAUGGUGGGUGGAUGGAUGACUGCUUCUAGUUAUUGUUGUGUGGACCGUCUUUUUCUUCUUUUCCUCGUUUUCUCUUUCCUUCCUCCUCUGAUACGUAUACUCCUAGUAUUCUCCUUCGUCUCCUUUGAGCUUCAUCCAUACUUCUGUUUGAAACGGGCAUACGCACGAUUUUGGAGGGACCCCAACUUAAACGACGGAUCCCCACGAUUCUGGCCGGACGGUUGUCCAGAAGUGCUACGACACAUCCGGAAAAAAAGGAUAAGAAAACCAAUGAGACCCACUCACACAGGAACGCGUGAAGAGGCCGAAAGGACCACCUCAAAAGCAUCACCCUUGUGCGCUCUCACCACUAGACUGCGUUCAUAAGCAGAGUUAGUGGAACAGAGUGAGCGAGUGAGUGAGUAAGUGUGCCAGAAGACCAGAGGUUGGAUGGAGGAAACACCGAAACAGAGCUAGAGGCCACUGAUCGUGGUUUUGGAGGGAACCAAUCCUCAUGCCGUCGGGGAACUCGGAGACGAGUUGGAGAUCUGAGCUGGAGAAGCAGAUGAAAAAAGAGAAAGAAAAAGUCUUGCAGUUGUUAACAGUUCACUCAAAGAGAUGAUGAAGAAAGGAGAAAGAGAAACAAGAACAACCUGAUAAAGGGAAAAGGCAGACACCUCCUGAGAAUCGAGGACAGAGGCUAAAGGCGUAUCAGACACAAGGAUGGCCGCAGUGGAAAAGUUGGGGACAAUAUUACGACAUGACAACAACGACUGUGACGACGGGGUGAUGUGAUAGGUCAUCAGGUGUUUUCUACGAUAAGUGCAAGCUCUGGAUGAAGGAAGUGACUUCUAAACUGGCUUGCCAAAAGAAUCGUGGUUGACAAUUCUGGACCAAAGAACAUGAAUUGGGCUAAACCGUUCCACAUUUUGGGCCUUGCAAUGAUUUUCGUGACUCAUCGCACCAUUGGACAGAGUGAAAUGACGGAAUUUGCAUGCCCUGGGAGCAAUCUUGUGUUAAAUUGCACAAACCUCGGCCUGAUUGAGGUAACUCGAGCCAAUUAUGGACGAUUUUCCAUCGAAGUGUGUAAUCCUCAAAGCAAAGCCAAUUGGAGCGUGAAUUGCUUUGAUCACCAUGCCAAAAACAUCAUUGUCAAAAGUUGUAAUGGUAAAGCUUUAUGCUCCUUGUCAGAUGAAGAUUUCGAAGGCCACGAAAGCCCCUGUCCUGAGACGGAACGUUACAAGGAAGCCCAUUUCACGUGUCAAAAGGAGAAAGAAGACCAAAAGACUACAAAAAGAACUCGUAGUCCCAUCCGACUGCAAACUUUUCGAGGCCAAAUGCCCUCAUCAAAAGAGUUUCCAACGGAUACCAACUCUCGAAAACGUGUGCCAAUUACUGCGCCACCGACCUCUACUUUUGCCCAGGAUCAAGAGGACACAAGCACAAUCAGCCACCAACAACUUGGGGGGGCCGGGGCUGAGCGAGUUCAUUUCACAAGAGCACCAGCGAUUCGGUUUUCGCGACAUUCUUUAGACACCACCACCGUCCCAUCAUUUACACAGUCUUUGGAACUCCCCCCAACUCCCUCGAGACUAUCCGUGGUCAAGGUAGUGCACAAAUCUGAAACCAAUAUCCCGGUCUAUACUGGUUUCGCUGCGCCUGUUCUAUCUUCAUCUUCUUCCAAUUCCCAUCAACAAGAAAGCUAUCCCCCUUGCUUGUCGAUACGAUCUCGAGGAGUGAUUUGGCCAUCCACUGACCCAGGUUCAACUGCCCGGCGACCGUGUCCAAAUAAUAAGGAACAAGUGGCUACUUGGAAAUGCUUGAGAGGACCCAACCAUUGGACACCGUCGCUUCCAGACAUGAGCAAGUGUCAAGCUUCGUGGAUCAAGGUUCCCACAUGGAACACAUCUGGCGAAGCCGCGUUCAUAGUGGACCUAAGAGACUCCCUUCGUUCUUUGAAGCGACAUCUCCAAAGCAACAGUAUUUAUGGGGGGGAUUUGAUGCUGGUGAUGGGAUCUUUAGAUAAGUUCCUAGAUGACUUUGGGAAAAGCCAUGGAAGAUCAAGGGACCACGAUAAAGGUGCACAACUUGACCUGGAGACGAGGACCACUUUCAUCCAAACAAUAAGUCGUUUACUCCAUGAACUUUCUCGACCAUCGAUUGAGGCCACUCGUUUUGAAGAGGACAAACUAGAGUCAUUGAUUGAAACUGUUCAAAGAAUUCUGGUCAUUUCUUCCUCGUGGAGUCGUAGACAAGAAUGGGACCGUUUGGGGUCAGAUAAUGAUUUACAUUGGCGCAGUCAGCACUUGAAUAUCUCCACUGCCUCUUUGAAGUUACAGGGUUUUGUAAACCUGUCGCAUAAGUCGGUCGACGAUGUUUUGCAAUCCCGACCUUACACGUUUUGCCGCAUGCAUGUAUCAUCGGUGGGAUCCCAUCAGAAGAACAUUAACAGAGAUGAUGGGAAUAUUCCUUUGGUUUAUCUCUCCAUGAAAUUGCCUUCAACAUUUGGCACCCAUCUGCAUCAGUCGUCACGCAUUCAAGGAGCCAAGAUUGCCAAGAGGAUCAGUUCCACCAUCCUCUUGAUAAAUGAGGACUCGUCCAUGUUCGACAUUUCCAUAUCAGGCUUAAGAGAGGAGGAGGAUAAAGGGGCGAGGACGUCUUCACCGGGUUGCUUAGCAACUGUUACGCAUGUCUCAGAUGGUCUUAAACAUCAAUGCCAACUUGCGUGCUCGGGAUCAAGAUCAACUUCGUGCCAAUGCCAAGUGGUUCGAUUUGCUCAAAAUGGAGAUGCUGCAUUUGCUUCAACGCACCUUCGACCUUCGAGCUCUUGGCGUGAGAAUGAAAAAUUGACAGAAACUUCACAAGUUGAAGUGGAACGGAGCGAUAUAAACGAUCAGGUAGUGGUGCUCUUAGGUUGUUUAGGCGCUACUUUGCUCCUGAUUGUGGCGAUACUCCCAUUCGCUUGUGUGCUCAUCCACCUCAAACGUGCUAAGGUCCAGCAGACAUCAAAGGAGUGCGUCUACGCCGGAGAGGCGUUCCACGCUUUGGAUUACUCUACUUGUGAUGGGGCAUAUCAAUCAUCGCUUUGUCGAUUUGAUAAUACAUAUCUCACGAAUGACGGAUUACGACACGCACCUUCAUAUGGUUCGGCCCUCAACUCUCAAGAACUGCCUCAAAAUACGAGCUCCCAGGCUGAAAGAUUAUUCAUAAUGCCUGCUGGCCUUGAAUACCAAAACGCUUUGGAUUCUCUCUCAACUCAACCCACUAAGGAAAGUCGAGCGCAAGAAAACCUAUGCUGUAAUUCAAAACGCAGCCAUCUCCCAUUUCUGAAACCUGAGGUUCCACUCUCCAAGAAAAAUGAGACCAACAGCAUUGAUGUGCACCAAGCUUACUCCAAACGAGGCUCUGGAAAGAUCAAAGAGGAAAUUGGAAAGCCCACCCCAAAACUGAAAGGCCCGCCCCAAUAUUGAUGGCAUUGGUUAUUGUCUUACCGACAAGAAAAUACUUCAUUCUGAAUUCCCGCAUGUUCACGAAUUAUACCAAGUUCAUGAUUGAACUUUUGGCCAAGAUUAAGUUGGUCUCAUGCCUUGCACUAGAGUUAUAUCUCAAUGUUAUCCAAUUGAAUGAAAAAUAAUCACUCAAUAGUGGAAUGCAUCGUUAAAGGAAAUGUCAUUCCUGAUAAAACUAAUAUUAAAAACCUUGAAUCUAUGGACAAUUUC